GUAUCUUUGUCAUUAAAAUUGAUAUUUAUAAAGUAAAAGUAAAAAGUAAAGAAUGCAUUUAGAAUUACCUUUUGAAAAUUGUUUGUACCCGAUAACUUAUCAAUGUUAGUGCGCGGGAAGUACUCGCUCUCGGCUAUCGAUACUUCAUGCAGUCGCUGGUACUCGUUGCAGUUGGCAUGUUUACAUAUUGUAUAGGCUCAAAAUAAUACUAGGAAAACAAUGGAAACAGUAAACGAAACAUACUCGUACAUCACCAACAUGGAGGUAAUGCAGAUUCUGUUAAAGAUCAAGAGCACCAAAAAGAAAUUUGGCAUGCGCAAUUUGGCCACAGUUACCUACGAGGCACUACAGUACCUGGAGGAGUCGCCUUGCAAGACACAAACACGUGAGUCCAUUACCAAUUACCUGCGAGACUUGGCCACGUAUAAACUGAAGCCGCACGAGGUGCUACAAAUGGUCAACGAUCCUCCAACCAGCGCACUUCACACGCAACUGCUUAUCGAUGAUAACAAAGAGCCGCUUACGGACGAGCAAAACGAGGCCAUAAUUCAGUUGACGCACAAACACUUCCAGGCUGGCAACACGGAACAAACGGCAACCACAACAACUGCAGCACCAACAAGUACGACAACUCAGCCGGCAGCGGUAACUACAACAGACGAAACAGCUGAAACUGUGGAAACAACACCAGUAGACGAGGCAGCUGCCACACAGUGAUAACCAAUAGCUUAAUUCAUUCACUAUUUUGAUGUAAUUUGCGUAUAAAAUAAGAACAUUUUGUAAGCACAUUGAAAUGGCCCGUGGAUGGCUGACUUUCAUUUUCGUGUCAUUUGCAUUUCAUCAUCAGUUUCGGUUAACGUUAACGCUUUUGAUCGCCCAAAUCCUCAAUGACAUCCUCAUCGAUUUCGGCCCAUUUCUCAGGAAUGACAUCGAAUAGCUCAUCCUUAACAUCGCCCUGUAUGACGAUCUCAUCGUCGCCAGUCACCGACGAGCCGCAAGCGAACUUAGUACCAAAGAACUUGGCAGCCACUUUGAGAUCAA